AGAAGAUCUACGUCUUCGACGGCACCGCCAAUGACACCGUGUACGUCUUCCCCCGCAUGCGGGAGUUCACCCUCUUCUCAGCCACCCGCAAGGCCGCCCGCAUCAAGCUGCCCUACCCUUGGGUGGGCACUGGGCACCUGGUCUACGAUGGGCACCUCUACUACAUCCGCCAGCAGGGUCCCUUCCAGGUGAUCAAGUUCAACCUGGUCAACAAGACGGUGGUGGACAGCUCGGUGUUCCCGGCCGAGGAGCAGAUCCCCGUCUUUGGGCUCUCCUCCUUCACCUACAUCGAGCUGGCCGCAGAUGAGGAGGGGCUCUGGGCCAUCUACGCCACCAAGGAGAACGAGAAGAACAUCUGCCUGGCCAAGCUGGACCCCGCCUCGCUGGACAUCGAGCAGAUGUGGGACACGCCGUGCCCGCGGGAGAACGCCGAGGGUGCCUUCGUGGUGUGCGGGGCGCUGCACGUGGUCUACAACACCCGGCUGCCCAGCCGCUCCCGCGUCCAGGGCGGCCUCGAC